AUGGCAGGGGGUGCACGGGGCCUGUACCGGCGGAUCCUUCUGCUGCACCGAGCGCUGCCCGCCGCCCUGCGGGCGCUGGGGGACCGCUACGUGAAGGAAGAGUUCAGGAAGCACAAAGCGGCCGGGCCCGCCGAGGCCCAGCGCUUCCUGCGGGAAUGGGAGAACUAUGCAGCACUGAUCCAGCAACAAAUUAAUGAAGACAAAGAACACUUGAGAGAAAAGACUGUGUAUGGAAUCCAGCUCACAGAAGAAAAACUGAAUGACUUCCGUGAUGAACAGAUUGGGCAGCUGAAGGAACUGAUGGACGAGGCUACCAAACCUAAGAGGAAAAUCACCAUUUCUAAAGACACAAAACCGAAGAGGUUUUAAGAAUGGUUUUAGUGCCUACAGAAGCAUUUUGAAACUUCCUUUUCCCAGUUGGACUUGAAUGUGUUUUGUGUGGAAUAAUAGGAACAACUGAUCCCAUGACUUGCCUGAAACACAUCUCUGGCUAUUUGGCUUUCUGUGCAAGAAUAAAUGUUAAAAUGGAAUAAUCACAACAAU